GACCCGACGGACACCCUGGAGACCGUCUUCGUCGCAGAGCUCGCCGCACAGAUCUUCGGCAGCAAGCCGAAGCCAGACGCCUCGUCGAGCGGGGACCUGUUCAUGUCACGGCCGCCUCUGAAUCAGAAGAUAGAGAAGAUCGAGGACCUGGAGGCGCACCUCCCCGACAUGGCCGGCUCGGACGUGAAGACGGACCUGCUGUUCCGAUAUUCCAUUGACCGCAAGGAGUUGAUGCUGAAUCAGGACUCAAGAGGCAGGGUAAAUGGUUGCCGCGGCGUGAUGGUUCAUUUGACCAUCGAGAUGGAGGGCUCGAACGGCGAGGACCUGGUCCUGGCGCACCUCGGCGCGGCGCCCCCCGACAGCGCAGGGGUGGUCACAAUGAACGCGAGGAAAACAGAAGCGGGCUCCAGCCUGACCACGCCCCAGCCCGGCCCGGGCGGGCGUGUGGCAGCCAAGGGCGGGGCCGGCAAGAGGGACGGCAAGCUGGCCCGCGGCACCUCCAGCAUCGGAGGAGGCUCCUCGAGCACCCUCGAGAACAUCAUCCCGGACUGCAGAGUGGUCUCCGUGCUCUGCCGCUACGACGGCCUGUGGCUGCCGACCGUGAUGCAGUACGUGCAGAAGCAGUUCCAGCUAGGCGAAGCGGCGAUGGAGAAGAUCUACCAGGGCCUCUCCGAAGAGGUGCAGUUGGGACUGUCCGAGCCCGCGCCCACCGUCACUCACCACCACAUGAGCGCGUGCGGCGACUCCCUCAGCCUGGAGUACGACGCGCUGUAUUUGAAGAGCAAGCUGUAUCUCAAGGAUGCGAACGUGCUGGAGAAGUUCAUUUCUCCCCAGACUGGGUACACGCGAAUUACGGACGAUCACGUGCCCGUUGCCGGCCUCGGCGAGGGCGACGAGCAGGGCGAGGCCACGGACGGCAUCACGUACAUCAAGCGCGAGUGGGUGUGGAUGCCGAAGUCGGAGGCCGAGCAGCGGUGCGUCCGAGAGAUGAGCCCGCCCCGGAACGCCGAGCCGCUGAAGCUCGAGAGCAAGGAUAUCACCUUGGGGUCGCUGCUCUUCGGAAUCGAGAACAGCGCGCCGUUGAAAGAGGACCUCUUCGGGGGCACGCACGGCACCUCCGCGAAGUCCAAGGAGACGUCGGCGUUUGGAAGGCGGAAGUGGCGAGACUUCCGUAAGAAUGGAAGGGUCACCGGCCAACCGCCGGCUCCCGUCUGCCUCAAGGUGCCUGCUGAGUUGGGCGGCGUGCAGAUGAUGAUGACGAGGGCGAAAUUCGAGGAGGUCAUGACGAUCUGUGAGAAGAUUGAUUUCCAGAAGCCCAGCGAAGCUAGGGGCGGUAGCCAGGACCACAAAGAGGAGGAAUUUUUCCAGAAGCUCUUGUGCUGCGAUGCCUCCUCGUCGGAGAAUUUGAUCCAUACAUACGCUAUCGGCAACUUGCAGAGCAAUAUCAUGGGACAUCGCCCAUCGCUACAAUCAGCUGUUUCCUCCGUGGAGACGUCGCACACUGAUCGAUACCACGGAUCUAAGGAGCCAAGACCGCCAAGCGCGUUCGGAGUUCCAAGACUACUGCGGAAUAAUUCACGCAGCACUGGAUGAGUGCCCUUGGUGGGCGGGUGCAGGCAGACUCUUCUGAACCUCCUCGCCGCUGACUUCCACAGUCGUCCCGAGCAAAGUCGUCCCCAGAGGUGGGUCCCGCCUCGGCACCAUACUCGAGGAGAGGGAGAAGGACCCCCGUCCUCAAACCUCCCGAGAAGGAUGAUAAGGAUUCCCCUUUGAGAUGGACUCCCACUUCCGAGAUCUUGGGGCGCCCCGAUAGAGGACUUGCCCCGGCGGGGGAGGCAGGUACCACGAAGCCCCCUGUUCCGACAAUUGGGAACCCCCAAACCGGGUGGUGAGAUACCGUGUGGCGAUCUGGAAUCCCCAGAAAGGUCACCGCUGGGUUUGGGGACGCGGGGUCACCACCGGGUUUUGUGACUCCUGGACCCACCAGUGUCCAGGACAUCCUCGGAAAACCGCACGAGUCCCCAAACCGGGUGGUGACACCAAAUCGCCCGAGACUCACCGCCAGGUGUUGUCACCACCACGUUUGGGGACUACCAAGACAAAGGAGUUCUGGCCGUGGGUCGCUUGCGGCCGGUCGGCACGGGGCGGGGGACGACCCGAGAAGGGAGGGACGGAGGAAACGCGGGGCAGGAACAGGGAUGCAUCGUUCCAGAG